CUAUGUAAAUAUAAAUGCGUUUUCAUACAGUAAUGAUAUUCAAUGCUUUGCUUUUUUCAUUUAUGUAUUUUUGUCUCUUCUCUACAACAAUGGAAAUGUUGGAAUUUCAGCAUUCACAGUUCUCGAAAGCUUUAGCUGAGGGAUGGGAGCAUAAGAAAUCCCCUUUUAGUAGUAAUGGUUCAGUCUAAACAGAAAGAAAGUAACAAACAAAACAAAAACAAAUUCGAACAUAUGUCGGGUCACACUAUCAACUCAAGCUGCACGAGAAGACUGUGAGGUAGAGGAAGGAGGGAUAUCAACAGAAAUAGCCCGCCUUCUAUAGUAUGAUGGCACCUGCUAGCGGAGAGAGUGACGGUCGUCAGUGUAAAUAACUUGGUGUCUUUGAUGAGUAAUUAGUCAUUGAAAAUACUUUGUUUACAUUUGAACACAAUGAACUGCUUUCUACGAAGAUACAUAUUCUAAACCCCCUUAAGCACUCACAGAUGGUACACUUCCUGCUCUUUGUCCCCAGAAGCCGACGCUCCAGAAACAUGACUCUGUGCAAGUCGCAGUCUUAGAGAAUUUUGUUUCAUAUUUUUAGACUUUCUAUAUUUUGGAGGGAAAUUCAGCCGAUAUAUAAAGGAUACAUAUAAUUUUCAGCAGGUGUAUUAUAUAUGAACAACGGUUCCAGCAGAAAUUAGCAAUCAUGGCAAGAUUAUUUAGCUGGGCAAUCGUGCUGUUUGCAGUGUUUCUUUAUUUUGAUAUCUGUCAUCUUGUAGCAGGUUUGAAAGUAAGCGCUUGUUUUAAAGACAAAAAGGACUCUUUGAACGCCACUUGUCCAAGCAAUUACAUGGUUCGCAUCUUAAGGAGUUUUUAUGGACACAGCAGCAGGGGAUCCUGUAGCUACGAAGCGAAUGACUGUAUACAGGAGGACGAACAAAACUACCCUUGCAUGGGUCGGGAGUUCUGUCUUGUUAACAUACCCACGAGUAAAACUGGUCAAAGAAAAGGGAACUGUAGCUUCAAUUAUUUUCAAGUGGAAUACCAAUGUGUAAAUCGAUCUGAAGUCAGAAAGAUAUGCACCACCAAACAGCUCACUGAUCCAAGUGGAUACAUUUCUAGUGAUCGCUACCCUAACAAUGUUCAAGGUCCGAUCACGUGCCAAUUGAACAUUAGAGUGGAACCUCAUAGGAAAAUUCAAUUAUAUAUACUUGAUAUGGAUCUAAAAGGUGAACGAAAUAAAAACUGUACAGAUUAUCUGGAUCUGAAUUUGGGAAUUAACACCAUAACAAUAUGUAACCGAAGUGUAAAUGAAAAAAGUUUUCCCACGUCUAAAAACGAAUUAAAUUUAACACUGAAAGUGGCAAGCAGAGGCAAACGCAAAGGACUUUGGCUUUAUUAUGAAGCUAUCCCCCCACUCAAAGUAACAGAAAGUCCAACUGUUAAAAACUAUCAACAACACUAUCAAAGUGAUCCAAAGCCGCAAGUAAACAAUUCAGCUAUUUUUGUUGCUGCAACAGCUGGUGUUAUAGGCACACUUCUCUUUAUUUUAAUUACAUUCCUUAUAUUCCUGGUAUUCAAAAUACAAAUUAAAAAGAAACGACAAAAAGUCUACAGCAAUUUCAUUAUACAAAAUCAGAAUCGAAAGAAUACCAGCCAUAAUCAAACUCUUAGCAAUUUAUCAAAUAUAGAAAUUUAAGACUGGAAAAUAUGGCACAUAGGCUAUUUAUACAGCCAAGUAAUGAACUUUGAAAUAACAAACUGUAAUAAAUGCUUGGAUCUGUUGGACAUGUAAAAUAACAUGGAAAAAAUGAACUGAUUUCAAAGGAAAUUUGCUGGUGAAAAACUGAAGCAAUUGAGGAUGAAUGAAUGAAUGAAAAAAAAUUUCAGCUGAUACGAAAUGAUAGUUAACAUGCCAUGUAGGUAUGAAACAACUAUGAUUGAUCUGACAAAAGAAUCAGGCAGUUAAAGACCUGAAGGAAGUGAGUUGGUGUUAAGUGGUAAAAAACAUCCUGGACAAAAAGCUGGUGUGAAGGUGAAGAUAACUUUCACUAAACAGAUUUUUAAUACAGAAGGAUGUUGACUAUGACAGCCAAGGAUUUAUUUCAGUUGUUGGCUAUGACAAAAAUUCCAUGACAGUAGAUCUGUAUGAAAGAAGCAACAUGGUUGUGAUGAGGACUGUCAAGCAUGAGGAAUAUUCAACAACUAUGUCUUCAUACAACUAUAUUUAUUCUCGCUCUUUGAUGUUUAUACUAAUUCAUUUUAUAUUUUGUAUUGUGUUUGUAUUUAUACUGUUUUUCUUUUUUUUCCUUUUCCAAAAUUGUGUAUAUCGUUUCUGUGGGUUCGGGUGGGAGAUAGAGAAGACAUUCUUCUUGUAUAUAAUAGAACAUGUAUAUUGAAACUCUCCCCUUUUUUUUCUCCCCCCAUUUUCUUUCUUUCUUUCUUUCUUUCAAAAGCUAUCAUUAGCGGUGGAAUUUUGUGAGUGAACCUAGUCAUUUUUAUUCACAGAAAACUUGAAACAAAAUACUAACAGUAUUCAAGUAUCUGGACAUUUGUCAUCCUCUUUAUUGUCGUUUCUUUGUCUUAAUUAGAUUUAUUUGUCAAAAUUUCUGUCCUCUAAACCUGCAAUCCCAAAUCCAUUAACAGUUGUGUAUCUGUGAUAUUUCUUCAUAAGUGGCAUUCCACUUCAUAUCAUCAUCUGCUUGAGUUUGGCUUAAGGGAUUGACGAGUACUUUGAUCAACUGUUCUGCUGCUCUGAUCAACUGUUUUUGGCUUAUCAGCUAGGACAUAUCCCUUUUUAUUUGCAUUUCCCCAUCCCUUAUUAAGUAAUGUACACUUUUCAAGACUGGUAAAGGCUAGUGGCAAUUACUAGCCUUUUCUAACUUUCUGUUCUUACAAACUUUUCUACUAAUUUAUGAAUUUCAUUUUGCAUUCAGAUUACAACUUAAUAUUAUGUAGAAUUUUUUUUUUUUUUUUUU